AUGUCCUCGCGCGAAGCUCAACAGCUCAUUGAAAAGAUGAACAAGACCAUCGCAGCCGCCAACCAGGCAGUCGCCGAAGAAGAACGUCUCUCUCACUUCCUCGUCUUGGCCAUCGCCAAGGCGAGAACCGAACGGUCUCUCCGUCGCAAACUCGAAGUCCGACGCGUUGAAUCUGAACUUCGAUGCGUCCUCGGCAGGGCGGCUUCACUUAUGCUUGCCGCCGAACUUGCCCAGCAAGACUUCGAAGAAUUCCUCGAGCGAGCCAAUGAAGAGCCUGUUAGUUUCGGAUUUUUUUUGCUCCGCCAACUGUUAGUUAUAACUCUCGAACUUGCAGGUCGUCGACGAAGGCGAACAGAACAACGCAAACGAGGAGUCCGCUGGAGGCCCCGGCGCUGCAAACUGA